AUGCCACCCAAAAAACGAGGAUUUUUCAGUCGAAGAACUAAACAACCUAGUCAACCAAAGAAUAUGAUACUCGUGGAUGACGAUGACCCAACACCCGUCAAUUGGCCAGCAAAUACACCGAUGGUGCCGACCGGCGCGGUCGAUAUCGAUGAGUCCGUACAACUUCCAACACACACAGUUCAACCGAAUAACGACCAAAACCAUGGACAAGUACAUUUACCACCGAUCUCUCAACAGCAGUAUAACACGAAUCACGCGCACAAUCAUCAUCAUCCUGAUAAUUCUUCACGCCUUUCAGCAGAUCAUCAGCAUUCUCAUCAUCAGCAUCAUCAUCAUCAUCAUUCCGGACGUGCAUCAUUACCCCUACUGGAUCAUGAUCAUAAUCCAGACCACGGUCAACAUCACCAUGAGCACCAACCGGUCGAACAUCAUCAUCACCAUGAACAUGAACCAGUCCAACAUCAUCAUGAACAUGAGCAUCACCGCCAUCAUAACAAUCAUCAACAAAGUCAUCAUCAUGAACACGGCCAUACUCAUCGAAUCCUCGAAACAUAUGAUCCUCGUUGGUGGUAUCUGAAUACACCGGUUCAUGCACCGAAAUCCUGGCGAUCGCCUGAGUAUCAUUAUGUAUCACCGAAAUGGUAUGAAUCACCACGGCGGUAUUAUAAAAUUUUAAAAAAACCGGAAGAUUACACUUUACCACCACGAUUGCAUAUCGACUGUCGAUGUUUAGUAUGCAGACCACCGAGAGAAAAAACUCGUGGUAUCAAAUGGGUUCUCAACCAAUGA